AUGAAUUCAACAAAGUCAACACAACAAAGUCUAACACAACAACGUCAAGUGAAACACAAGACCUCUAUCGAGCAGGAUGGGUUGCGUGGCUGGGUAGUUGUUUUCGCCGCUUUUACAACUCAUUUUCUAACACAAGGAAUUGUGUAUUCCUUUGGCAUUCUAUUUAUAAGCUUUGAGGAAACAUUUGGAAGUUCAAAAGCGGAAACAUCAUGGAUAGCAUCACUGAUGUGCGGCGCUUUAUAUCUUUCAGGUCCCCUGGCAAGUGUAUAUAUUCGACGUCAUGGAUGCCGUCUUGUUGCGGUGACAGGGUCAGUUGUAUCUACCAUUGGCUGUUUCCUUACAGUAUUUGCAUCCAACGUUAACUUUAUGUACCUUUCACUUGGACUACUCACAGGAAUUGGUUAUGGUCUGAUAUUCAUACCAGCUGUUGUUGAGCCAACAAUAUAUUUCAAGAAACACCGGGCACUUGCUUGUGGUGUAGCAGCUUCCGGUGCUGGAGCUGCCGCCUUUAUUUUAAGCCCUAUUAUCGAGUGUCUUGUAGAGGAACAUGCAUGGCGUGGAACCCUGCUAAUAUCCUCGGCACUGUUGUUAAACUGUGUACCGUGCUCUUUGGUAUUUACAAACGGAUUACUAACUCAGGAAGACAAAGAAAUCAAAAUAAUUGUUAACGAAGGUGAAAUUGAACGUACUGACGAUGAAGAUAUGUGUACAUACGUUGCCCUAACAAAACAUAAUGAUACUACAGAAGAAAUAAACGAUGACAUUAUGUGUGUUAAAAAAUCUUCUAAAGUUGAAAAGGAUCUCAUUAAUACAUUUGAUAAAUUUGAACAUGUGAAUUGUGACAGCGACAGUGCUGUCGGUAAUGUAGAACAUGAAAUUAUGCUUCCAAUAAUUGACCAAUCAAGCUCAAUCAAGAAAACACACAUCGCACAAUCUAGGUCCGAUGCUUCAAGUUCCAUUCAAUGCAAUUGUUGUACACACAUUUCCUUUCUGAAGAUCUUACGGAAUAACCAACUAAAGCUGUUUUAUGCCUCACAAGUUCUUUUCUUAUUUGGGUUUUAUAUUCCGUUGCUAGGGAUACCUUGUAUAUCACUGGAACUAGGGAUCGAUGAGUCAAAAUCUGUUUGGAUUAUAUCAACUAUAGGCAUAUCAACUGUUAUAGGGCGUAUUGCUCUCGGUUAUGUGUCGGACAGACCAUGUAUGAAUAGAUUUUUACUCUACAAGGUAGCGUUUGUGCUUGCUGGAGUCAGCACUGCCUUGGUUCCUGUGUUGAAGAGUUACACUGCCUUGAUAAUAUUUGCUACAUUAUACGGAUCUUCUACAGCUGUGAUGCUAUCUCAAACAUCGGUCGUUCUCGUCGACAUUGUUGGUCUAGACAAAAUAUCAGACGCAAUGGGGCUUAACAGUAUGUUCUGUGGAAUAGGGGCAUUAAUUGGUCCGCCUUUAUUAGGACUGCUGUACGAUAAGACAGGAAGUUAUGCAUCUCCCUUCAUUGUUGCUGGACUUACAAUGGCAACCGGCGGAGUCCUUUUGUUCUUUAUAUCAGCUUGUAAAACCAGUUGUAAAAAAUAA